AUGGAGGCUCUGUCCUUCGUAGCCUUCGUCACCGUCGUCCCGAUUUUGGCGAAGAUAGUUUUUUCCCAUGGAUCUGCGUAUCGCACUCAACGCUUCGGCUUCAUCUGGGGCACGAUUCUGUACGUUAGUGCGCUGGUUGAUACCGACACUUUGCAGCAGAAACACUGGGAUAUCAACUUCUGGACUGACGCCGAGGUAAUUGCUUGGAAAAAGUCACAUCUGGCCUUUUGCAACGCGAUUACCGUAGCAGUACGUAUUCCCUUCAAGCAGUUCACUGAACCAUUGCGAAGUUGGCCGCCUAAAGUGGAACAACAGGCCGCCAUCUUUGCCAGCAUCGGGCUCACCGCACUUCAAUUGCCCAACAUGGAAACGGUGCACUGGUCAUCACGAGCGUGCUGUGCUUCAAGCAUGGUAUUGGGCGUGGCAUCAGUAUUCACCGCUACGAGGCAGCACUUUUCCGUGGGGAUGCUAAAUUCACCAUUGCAAGUUCGAUUGUGGCUCAGCCGGGGUAGACCUGAGUCGUACAGGGGUUUUGUGGCUAGGAUGGUUGGUUUCGGAACCAUACCCUUCCCUAUGAAUCGUCUCAUACCCUACCCAGUGACCACCGCUACCACUCAGAGGAAGUAUGCGAACAUGAAGGCCUAUCAGGAUAUGCCCCUGGAGAGCGCAAUAUCCGCGGCCAAGGCGGUUGCCCUCCCGAGCCAUCUCCUGUAUAUGACGGUAAUCAUCUUUCUCGUCGGAUUCGGGCUAUAUAUUCUUUUCCGGUGGCUUGAGGAUGUCGGAGGAGCGGUGUCAUAUCGCAACAUAUUCAUUGUCUUCAUCAUUACAGCAGGAUUAUAUGCCGGGUACGACAUUCUCAUUGAGGUGGCGAGAUUGCUCGAUAGGGACAAACGGUCCCGCGAGUUUGCAACUGAUGGAAUAGGGGGCCUUCGAGGACAGAGACAUCUUCUUGCUCUUCAGCAGCGUCUCCGCACUCUGCAACAACGUGUUGAAGACGAGUCUAUCGACGGGCAAGAUCAACAUCAGCAUCAGCAUCAACAUCAACAUCAACCAGGACCAGCACCGCCGCACGCAAGUACCGCACCCACAGGCAGGCAGACACCCCAUCAAAACUCUCCUACCACAGCCUCUCGGAUCGAUCCUGACCCGGAUGUUGACAAAUACCAAGCCUGGGAAAGUUACAUCACCGCCUACAUACAACGGCUCGGUCGCACCGAGCAACGAUCGACUUUGAUGAUGAAGAUCAUGGAACUCAAGGGCAGUUUGGAGGCCGAAUGGGAUAGUGUAAAGGCGAGGGAGACGGUGCAUGGGGAGCAAAGCCGCACAACGGGAGGUUAUGUAGCUAGUCCAAGCGACAUGCAACUGCCAUAA